CCCCCACCACCAAGUCCGUCCAAUCUCGGUUGUUUUGGAAACACGGCUCUGUACCGAAAUCCGCAUGAUAUUCGUUCACACCACGCCAGAGAUGGACAUGGCGCUGCCUCUUGCAGAUGUCGAGGACUUGGCUAUGGUCUGUGUCGCUCGCUUCGCAGGCUGGACCGGUGUAGCGCAAACGGUUGUCGCGAAGUACCCUUGCAUCAACCCUGGAGUCAGGCCUUGCAUUUCGGAAAUCGAAGGCGUUCGUUAUGGCUUAAAAGCAUGGCGAGCCCAGGAGUCUCUUCGAUUUCAUUAUUCCAACAGGCAGGUCUUUCUUCGAUACAGUUGCUUCAGUCAACAUACAUUCAUUUUUCUCUUAUUACUUUCACUCAUUCAUAUACACUUUCUUUACGUGAUCUGGAAUCACUGAUCGAUACUCACUUCAAACACCACCAACUCUUCAACAAACCUUCAAGAUGCUCGCAAAGACACUUCUCACCACGGCUCUCAUCUCCGCCGUCUCGGCUCACCAGAACUGGCACCAGCUGUGGAUCAACGAUGUGACUCCCGGUUAUCAGACCGGCAUCAGGAUGCCUCCUUCCAACAGCCCUGUCACAGACUUGACCAGCAACGACUUGGCCUGCAACGUCAAUGGCAGCAUAGUUCCUUCCGGCGUCGAGACCGUCGCGGCCAGCGAGGGAGACACCAUCAAGGUGCAGUGGGACAGCUCCAGCCACCCUGGACCCAUUACACACUUCCUGUACGGUCCCGUCGACGAUGCGUCCCAGGCAACUGGUAUUGGCGCCGGCUGGUUUAAGAUCGACGAAGUCGACGCUGUUGAUGGAGAGUGGGCCAACGCGAUCAUGUUGGCAAACAACAUGACCCAUGAGUUCAAGCUCCCCACUGGUCUCGCAAGCGGCGAGUACCUACUCCGCUCCGAGAUGCUUGCUCUCCACGGCUCCCAGACUAUCGGUGGCGCCCAGUUCUACAUCGGAUGCGCUCAGUUGAAGAUCACCGGAACGGGUAGCGCUGGUGCCUGUGGCCCUACGAUCUCUCUUCCUGGCGCCUACAAGGCUGAGGACGAUGACAUCUACAUCCCCAACGUCUACAACGGCUUCGACAUCAGCACCUACUCUGCGCCUGGUGGCCCGGUUGCUACUUGCGGUGGCUCCAGCAACUCUACUCCCGUUGCCUCAGCUGCCCCUUCGGCUGGCAACUCUACCGUUGUUGCUUCCGCUACGGUUGCCCCAGUCGCGUCUUCUGCUGUCCCAACUUCUGUGGUCGCCGAGACUCCCGUGGCCGACAGCACUAGCUACGCAUCUCCUCCGAUCGUAGAGGUCACCUCCGCGCCCGUUGCAACUGCCUUCCCAUCUGCUGUCCUCUCGACCGUCGCACCCGCUAGCAACGUGACCUACGUCGUUCCUACUCUUAUCCCCACCACCUUUGCGACCCUCGUCAAGCCCUCUUCCCAGCUUGCUGCUCCUACUGGUGGCAGCAGCUCCGGCGUUGCUCAGAAGUACUACCAGUGCGGCGGAAAGAACUGGAGUGGAGCUACUGCCUGCGUUGUGGGUACGAGCUGUGUCAAGCAGAACGAAUUCUACAGCCAGUGCCUGAGUGUGUAA